UAUAAUUGUGUGAUCAUGACUGGUGCGAAAUAAAGGAAAACUUUACUUUGAGUUGUCUCAGUUACUCCCGAGCAAUUUCACAGCGAAGAUGAAGUUUACUCGCCCUGAAAGUGUGUCAUUUCCACAAGUUUGGUGGAAAUUCCAAGCAAAGGACCCAGAGUCCGGACAAAUCGUGGACUAUCGGAUAGAGGAUUGUCCUGAGGACCGAUUCGAGGAAGCUGUGAACCUUAUGCUGAAUUAUUUUGUUCCUGAUGAACCAAUGAACAAUUCUCUUGGAAGCAUGAAGGAUGAAGUAUCUUUGUCUGAAAUGAAAGCAUUUUGGAUGGAAACUAUGCCGCAAAAAUUGACUCUCGUUUGCUUUAAAGAAGGAUGCAGUGAAAUUUGUGGCCUUAACAUAUUAGAAAUCAGUGAUAAGGAUGAGUCAGAGAAAGAUCACUUGAAAGAACUUAAGGGAAAGAGUCUCAGAGAUAUUUUCAAAGCUUUCCUUUUCCUAAAAGCAAAGGCCGAUGCCUACAAUCGUUACAAUGUAAGCAAAUAUCUUCACGGAUUGGGUCUUUUGACUAUGCCAAAGUAUCGAGGAUGCGGAAUUGCUACAGAACUCUUGAAGGCAAGAUUUCCUCUCAUGGAAGCUUUGGGAUUAUCUCUCACUGGAACACUAUUUACUGGACCAGGAUCUCAAGCGGCAGCUAAAAGAGCAGGAUUUACAGAAGACUUUGCUGUUACAUACGAAUCGUUGGGAAAAGAAUAUCCUUUCGUGCCCUUUCCAAAUAUUUCUUGGCCGGUUGUUAAAUUUAUGUGUUAUCAGUUAAAAUAAACACAUAAUCAAAUAAUCACAAGAAUAUGUAAAAUGAUAUAAUUAUUUGCAGAGAUAGUGAAUUAAAAGAGAUUUAGACAAAUGUUAGUUGUAAUUCACAAAUUUCACUUAUAUGGUUUUAUUCCGAAUAGUGUUCUUUCCUGGGUGCAAAUAAAUAGAAGAGAUUCCACAAUUUGAA